AUGCCAGUUGUCAAAGUUCACGCCCGUUCCGUCUACGACUCCCGGGGCAACCCGACGGUUGAGGUCGAUGUCGUCACCGAGACCGGUCUUCACCGUGCCAUCGUUCCUUCAGGGGCCUCCACCGGCCAGCACGAAGCCUGCGAGCUCCGUGAUGGUGACAAGUCAAAAUGGGGCGGAAAGGGUGUCCUCAAGGCGGUGGAGAAUGUCAACUCCGUCAUUGGACCCAAGUUGAUUGAGAAGAACAUCGAUUGUACAGAUCAAUCUACCGUGGACAAGUUUCUGAUCGAGCUUGAUGGCACCGAGAACAAGACCAACCUUGGGGCCAACGCGAUUCUCGGUGUCAGUCUUGCUGUUGCAAAGGCCGGUGCGGCUCAAAAGGGUGUUCCUCUAUACGCACAUGUUUCCGACCUUGCAGGCACCAAGAAGCCAUUCGUUCUUCCAGUCCCAUUCAUGAAUGUCCUCAAUGGAGGGUCUCAUGCCGGUGGUCGUCUUGCUUUCCAAGAGUUCAUGAUUGUUCCCGAUCAAGCUCCUUCCUUCACUGAAGGACUCCGAUGGGGUGCUGAAGUCUACCAGAAACUAAAGGGUUUGGCAAAGAAGAAGUAUGGUCAAUCUGCAGGCAACGUUGGUGAUGAGGGUGGUGUCGCUCCGGAUAUUCAGACCGCCGAGGAAGCCUUGGACCUCAUCAUGGCAGCCAUUGCGGAAGCCGGAUACGAAGGGAAAAUGAACAUUGCCAUGGAUGUUGCUUCCAGCGAGUUCUACAAGGAGGACGUGAAAAAGUAUGAUCUGGACUUCAAGAAUCCCGACAGCGACCCAACAAAAUGGAUUACCUAUGAGCAAUUGGCCGACAUGUACAAGUCAUUGGCAAGCAAGUAUCCCAUUGUCUCGAUUGAGGAUCCAUUCGCCGAAGAUGAUUGGGAAGCGUGGAGCUACUUCUUCAAGACCUCUGACUUUCAGAUUGUCGGUGACGACUUGACCGUGACCAACCCCAAGCGCAUUAAGAGAGCCAUCGAGUCCAAGGCUUGCAACGCCCUGUUGCUCAAAGUCAACCAAAUUGGUACCCUUACCGAAUCAAUUCAAGCCGCCAAAGAUUCCUACGCGGCUGGUUGGGGUGUGAUGGUGUCGCAUCGUUCUGGUGAGACAGAAGAUGUGACCAUCGCUGACAUCGUGGUGGGUAUCCGAGCUGGUGAGAUCAAGACCGGUGCACCGGCAAGAUCUGAACGUCUGGCCAAGCUCAACCAAAUUCUGCGCAUUGAGGAGGAGUUGGGAUCCAACGCGAUCUACGCGGGCAGCAACUUCCGCAAGUCGGUCACUUUGUAA